AUGGCCGCCCUUCGGCUCCUCCACAAACGAGACUUUCACUCUAGCGGAGUCCAACCUGCGCCCAAACUUCUGGACGCGAAGGCCAGUGCGGCUUCGAAAACGAAACUCAAGCAAGGAACGAAGGCAGGAUUGCCACCGUCCACACAUAUGACCACACGGGAUAGAAUUGCCGCCGUGUCCCAGCGUGCGCAGCAGAAGAUUGAGGAGCAACGAAAGGAGCAGGAACGGAACCUCGUCCGGGGAGGACUUGCUUCUUCCAGCGCGUUUGGCGGUGAGCUAUACAAGUCUUCCGACCACGACGACAUACCCAACUUGUUCGACGACCGCAAUCCGUCACAUAUGGCACAGGUUCUCAAUCCCCGUCCCAGCGCCCGCGCACGAUGGCAGCGCCGUAUGGUCAUCCGACACAUCAGGCACGCCGGCCGGCUCAACAAGGAAAUGAAGAUCGCUCGGACGGAGAGACAGCAUCUCCUUCGGUCACAUUUCUUCAAGACGUCCAUGAAGAAGCUGGCACCCCUGGCUCGUCAGAUUGCAGGCAAAUCCAUUGACGAGGCAAUUCUCCAGAUGAGGUUUUCCAAGAAAAAGGUGGCACAGGAAGUCCGACAGCAUCUGAUCCAAGCCCGCAACGAGGCCAUCGUCAUGAAGGGCAUGGGGCUGCAACCUGUCCCAACACCACCAGAUGCAAAGCUCAACGAGGAUCCCAGUGAGACGAGACCUUUACCCCAUCAAACACCUAUGAAGACGUACAAGAAGGGGCACACCCCCCAGGAAACCGAUAUUUACGUGGCAGAAGCCUGGACCAAUCGUGGACCUUAUGGUUCGGAGCCUGAUUUCCGCGCCCGAGGACGCGUCUAUGAGAAACGUCCGCCUCACACAGGCAUCAGUGUCGUGUUAAAAGAGGAGAAGACGAGGUUACGGGAGGCUGCGGCGAAAGAAGCCAAAGCACUUCGAAAGAGGAUGGGGAAGAACAUGUGGGUUCAUUUGCCAGACCGAAAGAUUACGGCUCAGCGUCAACAUGUUUUGUGGUGA